AUUUCUUUGAUCUUGCCAUCUAAGAUGACACCAUCAUCAAGCGUGGUUGACGUCUAUGAUUUGGCCGCCUCAAUAGGGAAAGAUUUCGAGAAGCUUAUCGAACUUCAUGGAAAUGAUUGUGUUCGAGCGAUUAUGCCAAAGGUGAUAUCUGCUUUGGAAACGUUGGAAUCUCUUGCAAAUAACAAUGAACGGGAAAACGAAGAAAUACUGACAUUGCAAAAGACCGUAGAACGACUUGAACAUGAGAAACAGACACGGCAUUUGCAGACGGCUAAAUUCGAGGAGGAACUCGAUCAGGUCGAGGAGACGUACAAAAAGGAUAUCAACGAGUUACGGUUGAUGGUAAAAACCCUAAUGUCCGAGAAUAAGACCUUAAGUACGACAGUCUCGUCGCUACCGUCGGCAGCCGAGAGUCCUACGACCGCAGAAGAAAUCAGGCUUAUGUUUGAGUUGAAAGAGAUGUCACAUAAGCAAAAGGAAGAAAUCAAAGCGUUACAGCAUGAUGUGGAACAGUAUGCAUGUGAAGUUGAAAACUUACAAAACUCAAUCGAGAAGCUGAUUCGACAAAAUGAAGAAUUACUGCGAAAGAACACAUCGCUGCAAAAACAGGGCCGUAUGAUUGUUGAGGAGAAAAUGGAGAUAAUACGAAGGUUGGAAAAGACUGAAGAAACCAACAUACAGCUUAGACGUUUACUUAGCGACACCGACAGAGUCUGUAAAGAUCUGCAACAGGCAAAUCAGGUUGAUGAUGAACCACGCUUUACACUUGCUGAAUUACGUGAGGUACUUCAAGAAAAGAACGUACUGAAAGGUCGAGUGAUGGAACUCGAAGAAGAGCUGGAGAAUCUUCGACCUGGCCGUAAAGAUCGUGAGCGAGAAGAUUUGGACGAGCCGUUGAAGGAUGACGAUGGUGCGGAAAUGUUGGUGUACGGGCCGUUGCCGCGGGAACCUGACGAGAAGCUGUAUCCGUGGAAGUAUGAACGGAAGGAUAGCGGUCUUCCGCUUCUUCAAGGAGUUUGGGGCGAAUUCGUCGCAACGACGCGGUUCUGCGACGAACAACUCGCCCCGUCCACAAUGUGUGGUGGGAAAUUGAACUACUGA